GUCAGUGUAGGUAUAGACUAUAGAGGGUAUAGCCGAGAUUACUAUGGUAUAGCAAGGCGCUAUUAUAUAGUAGCGUUUCAAUUUCUUUUCUCAUCACGUCGCCUGGACCACGUCCUUGACCACGACUACGGCAUUUUGAUUUGGUUGAAGUUAAGUGUUGAUGCGGGAUGAUGCCAGACCGGUAAAAUCCAGAUAGUUUGCUGCCCAGCUACUUGACUGUCCAAAAUGGCUAUGGCAGAGAAGAGGAGAGCCAAUGAAAUGGAACUAGUGCCAGCCAAGAAACAAAAGACUGGCAUUCUGGCUGUCUCUGGCAAUGCUGGACAAGUUGCUGGCUAUGCACAGGGGCCGGAGCGGACGUCCAGUCUGCUGUCGCCCAUCAUGCUGCUGACCGGUCACAGUGGGGACAUUUUCAGUGUGCGCUUCCACCCCGAGGGACAGUUCCUCGCCUCCACCGGGUUCGACCGACAAAUCCUGCUGUGGAAUACGUACGGCGAGUGUGAGAACUUUGCCAUGAUGACGGGCCACACUGGCGCCGUAAUGGAGCUGUGCUUCUCCACCGACGGUGACCGGCUCUACACGGCCAGCACGGACAAAACGCUGGCCAUCUGGGACGUGACCAGCGGACUGCGCGUCCGAAAACUCAGAGGUCACUCGACGUUCGUCAACUGCGUGUCGUCGGCGCGGCGCGGUCCCACGCUGCUCUGUUCGGGCGGCGACGACUCGACGGUACGGAUCUGGGACGGCCGGAGGAAGACGCCCACCUCGACCCUGCAGACCACCUACCAGGUGACGGCGGUGGCCUUCAACGAUACUGCCGAACAGGUGCUCUCCAGCGGACUCGACAACGAGGUCAAGGUGUGGGACCUGCGCAAGAACGCCGUGCUGUACCGGAUGAAGGGCCACUCGGACACGGUGACCGGUAUGGCGCUCUCCCCGGACGGCUCGUACCUGCUCACCAACGCCAUGGACAACUCGCUCAGGAUCUGGGACGUGCGCCCGUUCGCGCCCAGCGAGCGCUGCCUCAAGAUCCUCACCGGACACCAGCACAACUUCGAGAAGAACCUGUUGCGCUGCGACUGGUCGCCAGAUGGCAGGAAGGUGACGGCCGGCAGCUCGGACCGCCACGUCUAUAUCUGGGACACGACCAGCCGGCGGAUAUUGUACAAACUACCCGGACACGCGGGUAGUGUCAACGACUCGCGGUUCCACCCCAACGAGCCCAUCCUGGCGUCGGCGGCAAGCGACAAGCAGAUCUACCUGGGGGAGAUCGAGUAGCCGCACGCCGCCCUGAUCUCAUCCUCAUCAUCAUCAUCUGCUGGGACGGCCGGCGGCGGGCGGGCGGCGGCGCCGCUCCUGAGCACAUCACCAGCUGGGUGGGCCGGGGAGAGGGCGGGAGGACAGUGCGCCGUCGACUCGCUGGGGCCGGAGGGCUGUGGGACGCUGAGUGUGAGCCUGAAUCAUGCGGUGCUGAAGGUCACUCGUGUCUGUGAGAACAGAGGUGUGACUCGAGGAAGUGUUUUGUGUAAUGUUUAUUGAGUGUCCGUGUGAGUCGCCCUGUGAUUCUGUGUCGGUGGCUUCACGUCCCGCCCUGCUGACCCCCCGUCCCCCCGUGGUCGGCUCCGUUUCAAUACACCUCGCUGCGGGUAA